AUGGACUCCUUUGACUCGUACAACUACCAACCGUCUGCCAGUGGAUCGAGACUACUCUCCGAAACUUUACCGUCCGGGUCUGUUCAAGAUGAUCUAUCAUUAUCUGAGCUGUCCCUGGCAGAUCGGCCAUCUCAGUCACGUCCUUUCAGCUUGCUCCCCCGACAUGAAGACCCCGCUACGCCUGUGAAGGACGGCGGAGACGAUGUUGAAGUGACCGAGGUCGCGCCGGAAGAGGAACAUGUGGAACAGGACACGGCCCAAACCAGAGAAGAACGGCUGAGCAACGACUUGUACACGUUGCGGAAGUUGAACGCCGCCUUUGGGAUGUAUAACGAGGCCUUGGCCGCAACCGAGUCAGGAACGGAGGUCUUGGCUGCUCAGCUGGAACAGACCAAUACUCUGCUGAACAUGUAUGUGUCCCUGCUGGGGAAGACGGAAGAUACCGCGCGCUUGAUCUUUGACGAGGAGUGGCAGGGUGCUUCAGCGGACGAAGCUGCGUUGGAGGAAGAAGUCAGGCAGCGCGAGGAGCAACGCCAGCGUGAAGAGGAAGAACGAGCAGAGGCGGAGCGGAGAGAAAGAGAGAUCAGGGAAAGAGAAGAACGUGAACGACAAGCCAAGGAGGAGCAAGCGCGAUUAGCCCGCGAGAAAACGGAGAAAUCGUCUGCCAGGAGUACAAGCGGCGUACGCGGAGUGCGCGGUACACGGGCUUCGAUGAGAGCUAGUGCAUCUCGUGGAGCGUCUUCACGCGGAGCCAGCGCAUCAGUAACUGGGCGUCCUACGGCCGGCGUCGCAAGUGUGAUGCUCUUCCUCGCGCUGCAUGAACUUACCGGCCUUCAUCCGGCGCUGCGCUCUCUCCGCUCCCGUUCUAAGCGCAAAGCCGAAAACGGGGUGUCAGUACCACGCGUCGAGGUCUGUGAGAUAGAUGAAGGAACAGUGCGGCAGUUGGAGGAUAUAAAGGGCUUAGAGGUCGACUGGGAUGAAUCCACCGGCAAUACUGGAGAGGACGAGGACGAGGAUUUCGGGUGUGGAUUUUGUGGGGACGAUAACUACCAGGCAUGUUUGGGCGACGAUUUCAACGACGACAGCUUCUAUCACUCUGAGUGUAUAUAG